GGGUUUAACACCCCACCCAUUAGGCCCCCCGCCCCACCUUGGGGGGCGAAAUUACCAGAAAACCAGUUGAUUAAAAACGGUAAAUGAUUACCCGACUCUAUAACGGGUAAUCAUUUACCGAUCGUGUUUAAAACAUAUAAACACGACAGUUUGGGUUUUGAAACCCAUUAUUUCAAAACCCAAAUUUCCCUCCCUCAAUCGCAUCCUCUCUCAAAGCUCGGUUCCACCACUUCAAUCAUUUCAAAGGUCGGUUCUAAUCAUCAUCAAAGCUCCCACAAAGACCCAUUCCAUUACAUUCAAAAGAUAGCGAGAAUGAAGGGCGGGAGGAAGAGGUCACGACAUGCUUCUACUAGUGAGGAUCCAGCGGAUCGACACGAGCGCUUGCAUGCUUCUACCAGGCGCGGCGACCAUAUUGCAGCCACUCAGGCGGUAGAGGCUUCAGCUCCGUCUCCAUCCCCAUCUGCUACUCCGGUCGGGGCUCCGUCAGCUACCCCCGCUCCGUCUGCUACUAGGGCUCCGGCUGAGCUGGACCCUGCUCCGUUGUCUCCGAUGGCUGAGUUACCUCGUCAGGAGACAUCUUCUUCUGAGCCUAGUGGCGAGGAGUCUUCUUCUUCUUCUGAGCUUAGUGGUCAGGAGGAGGAGCCUCUUAUUCUGCAGGAGGAGAUUGAUGCUGCUGAUGUUGUGCCAGAUGUGGUGCCAGAGGGCGGUGCAGAGGGCGGUGCGGAUGACGAUCUCAUCCAGAGGGUGGCACCGUUUCCCGGGGGGCCUGAGGAUCUGUCGCUUCUUGCGCAUUAUCCUGACCACAAGGCUCCUUGGACGUGGCAGGCACUUCUUCGCACAGACCCGCGGUACGUGGACCGUCGGACAUUGAGGGUGGCCACUGUUGGGGGGAAGGUAUGGAACCUCCCCUGUGAUGGCGAUUCAGAGGCCCACACACAUGUGCGACAGCUGCUGCAGCAGACGGGUUUGUAUCACCUGCCUUGGUGCGGGUUACCGGAGACAGACCCAGUUGUCGUACUGGCCCUUGUUGAGAGAUGGCAUGAGGAGACGAGUAGCUUCCACAUGCCGUUCGGGGAGAUGACUAUCACCCUGGACGAUGUGUCUGCUCUUCUCCAUCUUCCCACAGGGUCGAGGUUCUACACUCCGGGCAGAGGGGAGCGAGACGAGGUUGCAGCGCUCUGCGCCCAGCUCCUGGGAGGAUCUGUUGCUGCUUAUCUGGCUGAGUUUGAGGCGGCGGGUGGCCAGAACAUUCGGUUCUCACCGUCCAACUUCUUCAGCAAGUAUUGUAUCUCUGUCAGUGACCCACGAACGGAUUGUCUGAACCGCUUGCAAACACCAUAAAUUUGUUGGAUGGUAGUCAAGUUUGAAGGAUCUUUUUCCUUCAAGGACGCCAACAUCUUUCUAGGUGGAACCCAAGUCUUAGCCUGAUUUAUCACGUCUUCCUUCGCCUCACUAUUCAGUCUACCAGAAAAUUGUGGCCAACUAGUGACUCAGCUGCGAGAUGGAUG